AUGGACGACCGUCAACUCGACCUGACACAGGCUCAGAUAGCUACGAAGUCAAAAUACCCGCCGAUCAACAAGAAAUAUGAAUACCUGGAUCAUACUGCAGAUGUACAAAUUCACUCCUGGGGAAACUCUUUGGAGGAAGCUUUUGAGCAGUGUGCCAUGGGGAUGUUUGGCUACAUGACGGACACAGAGACGGUAGAGCCCACUGACACUAUGGAGGUGGAAUCAGAAGGUGAUGACAUGGAAUCACUCCUCUUCCACUUCCUAGAUGACUGGUUGUACAAGUUUAGUGCAGAACUCUUCUUUAUCCCCAGGGAGGUCAAGGUUUUGCACAUUGACAGAAUGCGUUUUAAGAUCCGCUCCAUUGGAUGGGGUGAAGAAUUCUCUCUGGAGAAGCAUCCACAGGGAACUGAGGUGAAAGCCAUCACAUACUCUGCAAUGCAGAUCCACGAUAAAGAAAAACCAGAAAUAUUUGCCAUCAUUGAUAUCUGAGGAAGUCUCUGGACAAGGAUGCACACUCCCGGUUCAAUGGAACUAGAAAAUUCAGCCAGUUGCAGUGGCCUUUUUUUUUAUACAGCACUGAAAAUUAUUUAGGAAAACACAAGUUUUACACAGUGGAUAAAAACUGUUUUGCAUCAGUCUCUCUCUCUCUUAACAAAAGACUGUCUUAUAAAAAA